AUGACGGAUAUCGAAGUUCAGGUUGAAGGCGAGCUCACCUCUGACUCAUCGUCAGGACAAGAGGAGGACAUGAGCGGUGAGAGGGAGUCAGACUGCACGGAGACUCUUCAAAACACCGGGCAAGAAGAGGUUAUGGAGCCACUGUCGUUGUUGGCCGCCGUUGCUCUGGCGCCACCUGGUGGUGACUCUGCGACCUGCAGCUGUGACUGUGAGACCUGUGGCUCUCUGGAGGUCAACUUGAUGGAGAGGACCCUCCCGUCCAUGGAGCUGCAGCUCCAGUUCUUCAUGAGCAAAGCAGAUGACUUACACGACUGCAUUGUCAAUGGACAGUGUCAGGCAGAGAGUGAAGCUCUUGCUGAUGCAGUGCAGAGUUUCCUAUACACCUGUCAGCCUUACUUUAACCACCUGGAAUCCACAAGGGCCAUGUCCCAGCUCACCCUUCAACCUUAUGACAUCUACACAAUGCACAUGCAGCUGUUGGACCUCUCGCAGCAGCUGUGUGACAGGUUGGAGCAGCUGGUGUUGACCUACGCCAGCUACAAUGUCCUCUGUUUGGACGAAAGCGAUCCUAACAGUCUGUCUCACUUCUGCAUCGGUCAGAGUCAGCUCGGUCCACUGAGGGUGACUGUGUUCCGCUACUGUAAGCCCACGCCGUUCCUGGCCCAGGUCGACACCGGCCUGUACAAACGCAUGCGGUGGAACGUUGAGAGAAUACGAGAUGGGCAGGAGACAGAUGAAGAGAGUGAUGAGUGGGAGGCAGAAUUAGAUGGCGACACAGACUAUUACUUCCUGUGCUACGAGGACAUUCCCAAUGCACAUGCAGAUGCUGAUGAGGAUAGCCAUGGUGCCUCCCCUGGCAGCGUGGUGAGGAUGUGGUCCAUCGGUCAGUGGGUGCAGGUGAACCCCGACACAGACGACAUCUGUGACUGGAUCUUGUGCGACGUUCCUGAGGCUGACUAUCACAGGCUGUUGUUUCUGGGCAGCAAUGAGCCGUCUAGCUGCAAUGCUACAGACUACCUGUAUCAGCUGCUGCUGUCACAACACACAACAGAGUGA